AUGAGAUACUCUUUGGAGAAAUUGGCCCAACUGUACAUGGACGAGAUAGUGAGAUUGCACAGGAUCCCAGUGAGCAUUGUUUCUGACAGAGAUCCGCAGUUUGUGUCUCGUUUCUGGCAACAAUUACAAGGAGCCUUGGGAACCAAGUUGAAUUUUAGUACCACUUACCAUCCCCAAACUGAUGGACAGUCGGAGAAAACCAUUCAAACACUUGAAGACAUGUUGAGGACCUGUAUUUUGGAUUUUGGUGAAAGAAAAGGAAAGAAGCUUCAACCGAGAUACGUGGGACCAUUCAAAAUUCUUCAACGAGUUGGGAAUGUGGCAUAUCGAUUGGAGUUACCAGCGAGUCUAUCCAGGAUUCAUAACGUAUUUCACGUUUCCAUGUUGAAGAAGUAUCACCCAGACCCCACUCAUGUACUGAAGCCAGAAGAAAUUGACAUUGACGAAUCUCUAACUUAUGAAGAAAUACCGGUACAGAUCUUAGAUCGAAAAGUAAAGGAAUUAAGGACUAAACUGAUACCCUUGGUAAAGGUUUUGUGGAGAUAUCAUGAAAUAGAAGAAGCUACUUGGGAAGUGGAAGAGGACAUUCGUGCAAAAUAUCUUGAGCUAUUCAGUGAUCAAGAUGCCAUGAGUGCAGGAUCAAUGGCUUCAAGAAUUCCGCAUAGAUUGUGCAGAUGUUUGCCUGGAUUUGUCGAGGCCAUUAGUAAAGGAUCAAUGACUUCAAGAAUUACCAGCGACAAUUGUCAGUCAGGCUUGCGGCCCUGA